CUCUCAGCGCUUUAGAGAGGGCCGUCUCUGACUGACCACAGUUCAGUGUUAUCGGGCUGUCUGCAGAAUGACUGUAGCGGCCUGAAGACAGAGCUGAUCCUGGGUCAGACUCAGCGCACAGCAGCGUUUUCACCUUGACAGCAGUCAUGGCGUCUGCGACCAAGAUUAUCCAGAGGCUGAGGAACCUUUUAGCAGGGCGUGACCUGCAAGGGAAGCUUCAGUUACGUUAUGGUGAAAUUGCGAAAAGGACCCAGCCACCUCCAAAGCUUCCAGUUGGACCCAGCCAUAAAUUUGCCAACAAUUACUAUUGUACCAGAGAUGGAAGACGGGAGUCUGUUCCACCAACUGUAAUAAUGUCUUCUCAAAAGGCCCUGGCUGCUGGCAGUGAUGCACCAGAAAAGGCGAAACGUCCUGCCUUGCCUGGACCCAGCCUCAAGGAGCUCCCACUGUCCACUGACCAGCCAUACCUUUGAACACGUAGCUGGAGUGUAAUCAAGAGCCUUUGUGAAUAGAUAUAUCUUGUCUUUAAUUAAACUAUGUGUACAUACAAAUAA